UUCAGAUUUCAUCUCAGGCCUUGAGCCUCUGGGCUCUGCAUCAUCUCGUCCUAUGUUAAUUUGUAAAGAGAAAUGCGGAGCUCCAGCAGGAGGGUUUCUGCUUCUGUUCCUGAUCUUAACCUUCCUCAUCAGUUCUAAUGCUUGCUCUAAUGGAAAUUGCCAGCUUCUCGACUCGUGUUCGUUGCCCACCGACUGUGGUUCGGGUCUUUACUGCGGCAAUUGUCCUGCUUUGGGGAAGAAUCAGCCCGUCUGCACCAGAGGCCAAGCUAUACAACCCACAUCUUUUAUUAAGGGGAUGCCAUUUAACAAGUAUACGUGGCUGGUGACCCACAAUUCGUUCUCCAUAGUUGAUGCUCCACCGCUGCUUGGUGUCCAGCGGAUUACGUUUUAUAAUCAAGAAGACUCUGUUACUAAUCAGUUGAGGAAUGGGGUGAGAGGGUUGAUGUUAGACAUGUACGACUUCGAGAAUGAUAUCUGGCUCUGCCAUUCAAUGCGAGGACAAUGCUACAAUUUCACUGCCUUUGAACCUGCAAUCAACACUUUGAAGGAAGUGGAGGCAUUCUUGAGUGAGAACCCAUCAGAGAUUGUUACUAUUUUUAUUGAAGACUACGUGCAUACUCCCAAAGGGUUGACAAAGCUGUUUACUGAUGCCGGGUUGGUCAAUUAUUGGUUUCCUGUCUCAAAAAUGCCUGCAAAAGGUGAGGACUGGCCCACUGUGACUGACAUGGUUGCUGAGAAUCACCGGCUUCUGGUUUUUACCUCUGAUCCUUCAAAGGAAGUUUAUGAAGGAAUUGCUUACCAAUGGAGGUACAUGGUGGAAAAUGAACCUGGAGAUGCGGGUGUUGUACAAGGUUCAUGUCCACACCGAAAGGAAUCACAGGCACUCAAUUGGAGAAGUGCAUCUCUGUUUCUACAGAACUACUUCCCUACAUUCCCAGUUGAGGCUGAAACCUGCAAAGAACAUUCAACUUCUCUGAUGGAGAUGCUUGCUACUUGUUAUAAGGCAGCUGGAAAUGUGAUGCCUAAUUUUGUGGCUGUUAACUUUUACAUGAGAAGUGACGGUGGAGGUGUUUUUGAUGCUUUAGACAGAAUGAAUGGCCAGACAUUAUGUGGUUGUAGCUCUGUCACUGCUUGUCAGGCUGGAGCGAAGAUGGGAUCUUGCAAGGAUGUUGGACCUAAUAGAACUCCUUCUCUUACAGGCAGUACUGGGGGCAUUGUUUCUGGAUAUGUUCAGUUUCAAAGUGGAACUGCUCAAUCAUCAGAUUUCUUGGUUCUCAAUCUGGUCUACUUUUCAUUAAUAGCAUUGUUGUUGUUAUUAUAACUGAUUACCCAUGGAUAUUAGGGAGUAGAUGGCUGUCAAGCUUCUCUCCUAUUAUAGGCUUCUGUUAUGUUAUUACAUUACUUUUAGAGUUCAGAAUGCUAGUGGGAGGUUAAGACAUGCUAGCUGGAGUUAUCGGAUCAAGGGGUUAGAUAGUGGUCGAGAGAGCCUGAAGAUGGCAAGUAGCCAAAUGUUAGCUCAGGUUGUUGGAGCAUUCGAGUUACAGUUAGAUGAGGGAUGUAUACGGCAUAGUAUAGAUAGAGGUGCUCCUAUUUCUUCAGUUUGUUUCUGGACUCUCAUCUCCUUAGGUUUUCUAAAUCAAAUUUGUCAAUCAUGAUUCUCUUUCA